CUUUCAAGCGAACGCACAUGUGCCAAGUCGCCUCAAACGGUACUUCUUCAUUUACUCCCGCUGGCCGUCUGAACCAUGACGCUGGCCGCGUUUGACUAUGCUGGCCCACUCAAACGCCGCGCUGAAGCCAAGGGUAUACCCUCAAGAACGCCGAGCAGGAAAAUGGCCGAGAUUCCCACCAAGCACGUCCACUAGGGACAUGCGCCGCAAGCAGGUAUCGGUACAUGAAAGCCCGCUCAGCUCCAGGCGAACUGUGGACGACGUCGGCGGUGCGCAAUCGAGAUUCCGGGACUCCCUUGGUUGUCAUCGGAGUUAAGGUUCCCCCGGACUCAAAAUAACGACUUGCUGUACUCGUUGC